AAAAGCCCUUAUUUUUGCAAUAAAGCAGCGUGUGUGUAACAUCUAAAAGUAGCCAAAGUUGUCUCCUCAACACUGUACAAAAAUCAAACCUCCUCUAUCUCACAGAUUUUAUCCACCCAAACCAAGCUUGUUUUUCCUUCAGAAGUGGUAAGAGCUUGCUUCUGGGAGUAGAAGUGGAAGCUAUUGCUACUUUGCAGAACAGAUAAUCCUUUGGCACAAGGAACUGGAUUUAUAGGCUAAUUUCCUCAAUUCUACAGUUUGUGUUCAGGCAUCCCUGAAUUCUUGAUUCAACUAACUUCAGAAAAAAACAACUGCCAGCAAAGAGCUGUUUGCAAUAAACAGUUGCAACGAGUGACUGCUUACAGACCAGACUAACUGCUCCCGAUCCUCACCCUUCCAUAGGUCACUACUUACAGCAAUAGCAAAGUGAAUAUUAGAACAUUUAUGCCUAUCUAAGAAGAGAGGUGAGCAGUUCCAUGCUUUUCCAUGCUUCCUGCUGUCUAGAAUGGAAAAGCAGAUCUUCAGAGGGCUCUGGCAAAGCAUGAACCUCUGGGCUCUGCCAGGAGAGAGCUGAGCAUCUUUGCCAUCUCAGCAGGCACCAGGAAUGUUAGAUUUAAGCAUUUGCCAGAUAUGUUAAGGGUUUUGCAAUGACUGGCUACCAAAUAAAUAGCCACAGGGUGCAGCUUUUCUUCUCUCGGCUUCACAUACACCUGCCAGAAAAACUCUCCAGACAAGGCAGUUAUUUACACCAAUCUCUAAUUUAAUCUGGCCCUCCAGGGCCAGAUACCUGGUUCUAAUUGAGUGAUAUUAAUAUACUUCUCUAAUUACGUAACAUAAACCAACACCUCAAGGUGUGUGUAACCAGUGAUAUUUAUAUUAAUCCUCCCAACCACUUCAAACCUUACAUCCUUAAGGAAGCUAGAAAGAAUUCGCCUCAUGCUCUUGACCUUAAGAUAUCAUCUUUUUAGCUACUGUGUAGCAGAGUAUCUCCAAAUACAAAAUAUAAUGAAAGAAAGGUAGGACAAUGAAUUUCAGACUGGAUUUCUCUAUCAAUGUCAAUGGAAAGUCAAAAAUAGGACUGGGACCUACAGAGCUGUCAAGUUUCUCUUUAGUUGUGCCCACAGCUACGCCACUUUCCAAAAUUCAACUUGAAAUUAGGGUCCUAUUUUAAGUACAGAAUCGUUUCCUAUGGACUAUCAACUUCUACAGCUGAUCUUAUCUGGCAAUAAAUUACACUGAUACAUAUAACAGACUACUUACUUUCUAUGCAACAGGGAGAGAUUCAACACUCAAACACACAAAAAACUCAAAUUCCUUUAAGGAUAGGGCCUCUGCCAACAGAGAUGUCUGCCUAAAUCUCCCUUAAUGCUCCCUCAAAAGCAAUGACAGAUGUGAAGAUUUGUGCUUUUCCAAUCCUGCAUAAUGCCAGUUGCACCUUACAGAGAACAAAAUGGCAGAACAAAGUAGUAUCAUCUCAGGAACAGAAAGAUGUCCAGAAUUAGGAUAUACAAUUCAGGGACUGAAUCUGAAGCAAAGCCCUGGCUGUCUCAUUUUCAAUUAAAUAGUUUAGAAAAGGGAUUCAGAAGCCUUUCUGCACUGUUUUGUAACAUCUGGAUGCAACAUGGAGCUUGGCUGAAUCCUAGAUACUUCUAAAACUUAAAUCAAGAGGGAAUGCAAGGACAAUUGUUACUCUUUUCCAGAUCUGCUCCAUGUGACACAAGCACAAGCUUGGGGGAAUUCAGACUGUACAAGGCAAAGAGAAGUGUUAUUGUAAUCUAGAGAAGCAGCAGAGAGGAUCAGAGUUCUACAUAACAAGACUGGGACGUUAGCAGGGUGGCUUUUUGGGGUAGGGAAGCCAGAGUCAGGCUUGUCCUGCUCUUUGUUCCAGCUUCCACAAAAACAUGUUUCUCAUCGCAGGCAGCCUGAGAAGAAUUUGCCCCUGGGAAUGGCAGAAGCUCCAGCUGGAAGAGGGCUCAGACAGGAUUAGAGACAGAACAAAAAGGUCAGGCUUUCAUCUGUGUGCAGUGGCACUCUUUGGUCUGAAGUAUAAAAGCAAUUUUGCAAUGGAAGGUUUCUGGAAUGCCCACGACAACAACACGACUGAAGCAAAUGAUCUAUUGUAAAUAGAGGUGCCCUCUGUGCUUCCAUCAGAGUACUUACAUCUAUCUCUGGUGAUAUCUCAGGUCAGCAACACCACACAGCAGCCUCACCAGCUCCUACUGCAGACUGCAGGGUUUCUGUCUGAAGUACAGCACACAGGUAGUCACCUGCAGUGCAGCACAAGGCACCCAUGCUGCCUGUUAGAGAUCUCUAACUCUGAUCUCCAGAAGAUCCUCUUCUUCCUCUUUAACAUAUUCUGCCUCUUCAGUUCUUUGAUGCUUUCAUCUUCCUAAAUCUUUGCACCCUGGUAAAGGGUAAGGAGUCUCAUUUCUGUUCUGCAGAAAAGCUAUUUGCCAGUUGUGCUGCAAAUCAGAGACAGACAUGAAGCAUCUGGCUAGAAGUGUAACGAAGGAGGAGAAACUAUACUAGCUAGAUGUUGUUUCCCAUUUCUCCAAAAGCAAAUAGGAGAUCACCAAGGCUUUUCUAAUCUUAAUUAAACAAAAUCCUGCAGCUGCUUUGGACCAGCAAAAGAAUUUUAUAUGGAAUAAUAUGUCUCUGCUGUGUUUAUCCUCAUUUUCUUCAUAAAAAGAGCAAGAUUAGCUUUAUUUUGUUUUCUUGGACACCGAGAACUUUCAUGGCAUUUACCCCAGGAGCAGACACGAGUCAUUUACCCCUUCAUUUGUAUCUUGUCUUUGCCAAUUUUCACAAUCAGAAGUUUGCAGAGAGAGAAUAACCCACAUGUAUGGCAAUUGCAGGGCAGUUUGCCUGUGCAGUAAAAAUUGAUCCACGAGGACCUAGAAGAAAAGCUGCAGACCUUUAGCAAAAGGUAACACUACUGAUGAAAUUUCUCUAUUUUGGAAUCAGAACUAUUAUCAACUUUUUAAACUAUUAAAGGAUACAGAAGGAGAAGGAAAGUCUUGGGAUCUCACCCAGCUGAUGCUUGACUUAUAUCCUGAAGGUCUAAAGAUUUAAAAGUUAUUCUUAAAUUUACACUAUAUAACUCUGGAUGUUUUAAUCACCCAUAGAUCAUCUUUCUUUCUUAAAGUCUUAUCAAUAAACUGGCCUCCAUAACACUGGAAUUAGGCUGACUGCUUCCUGUAGAAAACACAUCACUUGUCAACUUCAGUUAGAUUAGCUUUCAGGAUUAAUGUUCUCUUGCUCGUCCACCAUGCACAAACAAAAGCAUGGGGUUUGAUUUACCUGUUUUGCAGACUACUGUGCACCCACCCUUAGAUAUCCCAUCUCUAAAAAGAACAGCACUGAAGUCCACAAACAAGCACUCCCAAGACAAGAGUGUCCAGAGAGGUUGGAAUUAGAUGCUGACAAACAAAUUUAGAAUUAAUUAUAGAAUAUUAUAGAAUACUGUGGGGAGUAAUAACUCUAUGCCUGCAACUGCUGGACAGUAUGUUAGCAGCUAUUCUGCAGCUAUGGGUACUUUCUAGGGAGUUACCUUCCUUGAACUUUCAAAAAAAAAAAAAAAAAAACACACCCUAUCCUGUUAGAACAGAUUUUUCACAUCCUGCACCUCCAAGGCUUUCAUGUUAUUGAAGUACCAGAGUUAGUCACCAAGAGGGCUAGAAUCCAAUAGGCAAAAAUUACUGGAAACUUUCCUCAUUUCCUAGCCUUCUCCCAUUCAGUUCUGUCCUGAAGGAGUGUGAAGUCUCUCCUGCACAUCCCAACCUUCCUUGGCUGAAACCAGUUCCAAUUUCACCCAGUAAAUACCUGAUACAAACAGAUGAACUGGGAGGGGCCAGAAAGCUCCACAUAGUUUCAGGGGGCGGAAGUAAACAGAAAAAACGUAUUUAAGAUGCUUUGAGAGGGACUUAGAAAGCUCACACUCUGACAGGAGGGGUCUGAAAAAAGGCUGAUUCUUCAGGCUCCACCUUCAAAGACUCACUUCAUUGGAAGAAAGCUAGGUACCAUUCUGCUGCAGCACUUGCAGCAAGUUUCAUACAUACCCCAGCUGCAUUCAGACUACCCGCAGUCAGUUGGAAGUUUUCUGUUGCUGUAAGCAAAAAUGCCAGCAAGAUCUACUGUUCAGCUGGCAUGGCUCUGCAUUAUCACUGUGUCUGUUGCUGUCUAUCCAGCACUGCUGCAGAAGCCUCCUAAAAGGAGGACAAUCAAUGGGAACGUACAGUCCAAGAUGAUGGGAUGCUGCGAUGAGAUUAAAGAGCUCAAGUUGCAAGUAGCCAACCUGAGCAGAAUGCUGCAGGAGCUGAGCAAGAAGCAGGAAGGUGACUGGGUGAAUGUGGUCAUGCAGGUGAUGGAGCUGGAAGGAAGCACCAAGCAAAUGGAGUCCCGCCUCAUUGAUGCUGAGAGCAAGUACUCCGAAAUGAACAACCAGAUAGAUAUCAUGCAACUCCAGGCAGCUCAGACGGUCACGCAAACUUCGGCUGUAGAUGCUGUCUAUGACUGCUCAUCACUUUAUCAGAGGAACUAUCGCAUCUCUGGUGUUUACAAGCUACCUCCUGAUGAAUUUCUGGGGAGUCCAGAUCUGGAGGUGUUCUGUGACAUGGAGACAGAUGGAGGUGGCUGGACUAUCAUUCAGAGGCGUAAAGUUGGUCUGACGUCUUUCAAUAGGGACUGGAAACAAUACAGGGAAGGAUUUGGCAAUAUUCGGGGAGAUUUUUGGCUGGGAAAUGAAAACAUCUACCGACUUUCACGCCGUCCCACUGUUCUGCGGGUAGAGUUGGAGGACUGGGAAGGUAACAUACGCUACGCACAAUACAAGCAAUUCACCCUGAGCAAUGAAUUGAACAGCUACCGCCUUUUUGUGGGGAACUACACUGGCAACACAGGACGUGACUCCCUGAGGUACCACAACAACACAGCCUUCAGCACAAAGGACAAAGAUAACGACAAGUGUGUGGAUGACUGCGCCCAGUUCCGUAAAGGUGGAUAUUGGUACAACUGCUGCACAGAUUCCAACCUGAACGGGGUUUACUACCGCAAAGGAGAACACACCAAAAACAUGGAUGGUAUCACCUGGUAUGGAUGGCAUGGGUCAACCUAUUCCCUAAAACGGGUUGAGAUGAAGAUCCGGCCAGAAGACUUCAAACCAUAAAGGAAAUCAAUACCUGAUCAUACAGCUACAUGAUGCCACUAUAGAGAAGGUGGGCAGCUGAUAACUCCCACCAUUUAAUUGUCCACUUCAUCUAGUACGUGCAAAACAUGCGUAGUAUGUACACACAGAAUCAGUAAGGCACACCAAACACCAGAUACAGCCACUAGUGUCACACUUAUCUCCUCUGAAGAUUCUUUCUAAAGGGAUAAAUACUGUGUUAGAAUAGGUUAGAACAAAAUGCAAAACACCUCCUUCGCUUACAGCGCCUUCAGAAAACUCCCUGGUGUGUUUUCACUAGCAUUGCAACUAGUGGGUUGUACUAAUCAGUUAGACAGGGACUGCAAAAAGAAAGCCUCCUUGUUCCCCUUCCAUCUGUCAAGUAUAUGUAUUGCUGUUUAACUCCUUUCAAAUCACAAAAGCAAUAUACUGGUCUCAAACAAGGGAAAUCACCAAAUAGAAGUCUUCUUGAUGCACCUUUCUUCAGCUUACAUCCCCACAGAAGGAAGAAUGAAGCCCAAAAAUUCUCCAUAAGCUAAUAUUGUGCAGGUUCUCUCCUGAAGUUUUACUGCCAUCUCCUGCUACCAUCCCCACAGACAGCUGCACACAGCAUAGUGCCCUGGAGAAAGGAUUUAUCCUAUAUCCUAUACAAUACUUAUUCCUAAAGCCUGAUAAAACUAGAAUGCAACAUUUCAGGCCACCACCAAAUUAUGUUCAUGUUAAGAUAUAGAAAUGUUCUAUAAGGCAGUAAGAAAAAAAGAAAACAGCAAGUUAGCAAAAAUAAAGACCCAGCCAACCAACCAACUCCACUCCCACACCUGAAACCACUGUAUCCUUAAGCAAAGUACUACUACACACAAGAGAACAGGAAAGUUAUUAAAUCACACUUCAUAUACUGAGAAAUAUUCACAUUUGUUCUGAAGAUCUUCCAACUGAAAGUUAACUGGAGAUGUUAUGUUGAAAAUCAGCAUCUUGUUUCUCCCUUUUAUAACACAGUGUUGCAAAUAACAUUAAAAAAAAAAAAGACUCCUCCCAUAGCCAUACUCUUGUUUGAAUAUGUUGGAAAAGAUAGUUAUAUUUAAUAUAUCUAUUUUUAUUCACCUUCAAGAGGACUUGAAUCUAAUUUAAAUUGUUUGGUCUCGUGUGAAAAUGGAGAUAGAAGUGUCAGUAAUUGCUUUAUGUAUGUCUGACUAUUAAAUGUUUGACUAUUAACACUAUAAAUUUCAGCUGCAUGGAACUAUAGCUGGAACCAUUUUAACUGUGGUCUAGAAAGAGGAUUUGAAAGAUUUCUAAACUUUAAGAUUUCUAAUAAAUUGUCUUUCAUUUUUAAUCCUGAUUUAUUUCAACUCUUUGCUCCUUAGCUUGCUUUGUGGUGCACAAAGAAAUAACUGCACAACUGACACACUGAAUUCUGUAUCUUUUCCUCAGAAAAAUAAAAGGACAAAGGAUAAAACAAAUCAAAUAGAAGCUGUGAGCAAGGUGGGGAGGGAACAAAGAAGCAAACUCCAAGGAGUUACAAGAACUGAAAAAUUACAGCAUACAAAGCCAAUUUUUGUUUAAUCAAAAUCAAUCUGUCAAUUUCAGAUUGUAGCAUUAAUGUUCCCAGGAUAAUGUUCCCUAAAAUUAUAAUAAUAAAGAUCCAAAGUUAUAAUCUCUCUUAAAAGAAAGAAAUUGAACUACUUUAGCAGAACUUCUGUUCCUACACCGAAUGACACUUUGUUCUAGUGUUUCUGUGGGCACACUCUGAAGUCAGGCUUUUGAACUCUGAGACCGCAGAGCAAAGUAACUGCAAGAUGAAAAUGGAAAGAGUCUCAAGAGGGCACAAGACCACUCUUCUUCAGAACAUGCACAGUAGCUUCCUCUGCUUUGUUACUAACUGUGCAUGUAUUCCAGGCAGGGAGGUUGAAACUAGAUAAUCUUUGAGGUCCUUUUCAACACAGGCCCUUCUAUGAUUCUAUGAUUUUUGUCGACAAAGCUCAAGACAGUACACCACCCCCAUUCAAUACAGUAUGUUCAAUCUGAUACAUGAAGAAUGAAAUAUCUAAGUCAGAAGAGUAAAAUUUGACUAGAAAUUUUAGUCAAAAGCUUUGGCUGUUCUGGCUUGUUUACUUGUAGGUAUAGAAAUCUCUUUCACCUAUGUUAAAGCCAUUCCAAGUAGCCCCAUACUGAACUUGAAGGUGUAAGGAAGGAAAUCAGAGCAACGUCCACCUUUUCAGCUUCCUGUAGCUUUUUGUAGCAGAAUUUAGCAGGCAGGAGUGUACAUCUACAAACUAGAGAACGUAAGCCUACAACAGAGACGUUAGAAUUUCAGAAUCUACACAACUGUCCACAUUCAUCUUAAUAGUUUUCUAAAUUGGGAAGUGAUGUGGGAGCAAAAAAAAUU